AUGGCAGAAGUUCCACGUAAUUUUCGACUCCUUGAAGAAUUGGAGAAAGGCGAAAAGGGGAUUGGCGAUGGCACUUGCAGCUAUGGGUUGGCGGACGACGACUUGCUUAUGCAUAGGUGGCACGCUACUAUUCUCGGACCUCCUCACUCAGUCCAUGAAAACCGCAUCUACAGCUUGACCAUUUAUUGUGGUGACGAUUAUCCUGAUGCUCCUCCUACGGUGCAGUUUGUAUCUCGCAUUAACAUCCCCAGUGUGAAUCCACAAGAUGGCAAGGUUGAAAAGAAUCGCUUGCCAUGCCUUGCUCAGUGGCGUCGUUCAUCCACCUUGGAGACCAUUCUUUUGGAAUUGAGGAGAGAAAUGGCCACGGUCGGUCGUAAGUUACCCCAGCCUCCAGAAGGUACCAACUUUCAAUAG